AUGUCCGCCUUGACCGCGCUGAGCGGCGCCGUCCUGCUCCUGCUGCACAUCUGUCAGUCGUCUCCGGACCCCCCGCGCUCCCUGGCCGCCGAGCCCCCCGCCGCCGGGCGCUGCCCCUCCUGCGCCCUGGCCGAGGAGCCCGAAGGGGAGGAGGAGGAGGAGGCGCAGCGGGAAGUGGUGGAGGCGGUCAAGCGCCACAUCCUCAACAUGCUGCACCUCCACGCGCGCCCCAACAUCACCCGGCCCGUCCCCCGCGCCGCCCUCCUCAACGCCCUGCGGAAGCUGCACGUGGGCCGGGUGGCGGACGACGGCAGCGUGCACAUCGGGGGGGAGGAGGCCGAGGGGGGAGGGAGGCGCGGGGGGGGCGGCGCCGGAGGAGGGGGAGGAGGCGCCCGAGACGACGAGCGAGACGCUACCGAGAUCAUCGCCUUCGCCGAACCCGGCGAGGCGCGGGACACGGUGACCUUCGUGCUGUCCAAGGACGACGGCGGCGGCGGCGGCGAGGCGCCUGCGGUGGAGCAGGCCGACGUGUGGCUCUUCCUGCGUUUGGCCAAGAACAACCGCAGCCGGGCCAAGGUGGCCAUCCGCCUGUUCCAGCACGGCGCAGGCGCAGCCUCGUCUUCGCCGCGGGACGACGUCUUGCUGGCGGAGAAGACGGUGGACACCCGCCGCAGCGGCUGGCACACCUUCCCGGUGUCGGCCGCCGUCCAGGCGCUCCUGGAGCGCGCGGACGGGGAGGCCGCCGCGCUGGGCGUCAGGGUGUCCUGCCCGCUCUGCGCCGGCUUCGGCGCCACGCCCGUUCUGGUGUCCGGCGGCGAAGCGUCGCAGCGACGCGGCGGCCAGCGGGAGCAGUCCCAACGCGAGCAGUCUCACCGGCCCUUCCUGAUGGCGGCGGUGCGGCCGGACGACUCUCGGCGCCGGCGGAAGCGAGGCCUGGAGUGCGACGGCAAAGUGCGCGUGUGCUGCAAGCGCCAGUUCUACGUCAACUUCAAGGACAUCGGCUGGAACGACUGGAUCAUCGCGCCCGGCGGCUACCACGCCAACUACUGCGAGGGCGAGUGCCCGUCGCACGUGGCCAGCAUCACCGGCUCGGCGCUGUCCUUCCACUCCACCGUCAUCAGCCACUACCGCAUGCGGGGCUACGGUCCCUUCCAGAACCUGCGCUCCUGCUGCGUGCCCACGCGGCUGCGCGCCAUGUCCAUGCUCUACUACAACGAGGAGCACAAGAUCAUCAAGAAGGACAUCCACAACAUGAUCGUGGACGAGUGCGGGUGCUCCUAG